CGACAGGUUCGUGGCGAGUUUAUUUACGAUCAACGAUACACGAUGCAAAUGAUACUAUCAUCGCUGCUUGCGGCAGCUGGGCUUGCCUCUGCUGCUAGGCCGUGGCUGGAAUUCCCAGACACUGGCGCAGUUGAACAGUUUGGCACACUCGAAGAAGGAGGUGCAUUGCCCAAUGUUUCCGAUGUUGUUGGGUUGCCAGAUUUCGAUUACCUAGCUGGAGAGUAUAUGAGCUUGAUGAAUUAUACCUACUAUCGCAAUGGCGCUGCAGGCGAAUGGAGCUAUCGGAAUAACCUGGAGAUCUUCCAGCGCAUGCGCUUCAGGCCGAGGGUGAUGACGAUGGUCGACAACAUUGAAGAUUCCUUGCCGACGACAAUUCUGGGCUACAACUUCUCAGCUCCAUUUUUCAUCUCACCAUGUGCACGUGCAGGCUACGCAGGCCCAUGGGGCGAGACCGGUAUCAUGAGAGGUGCCGGCCGGGAGAACGUUCUGUACCAAGUCAGCGAUUUCUCAUCAUCGACCAAGCAGGAAAUCGCCGACGCACGCGCAGAAGGACAAGUCGCCUUCCUACAGCUCUACAUCGACCCAAGCAACGACACCUCCAUCAUCGAGCAAAUCCGUGAAGCCGAGGAGCUUGACUUCAAGGCCAUCAUCCUGACUGUCGACUCCGCCGCAGAUGGAAACCGUCACCGCGCCGUUCGCUUCGGUGUCGGCAGCGCCGAUAGCAGUUACUCCUCCAUCACCUGGGAGAAGUACGAGUGGAUGCGCAACCAAACAGACCUACCAAUCGUGCCAAAGGGCGUUCAAACAGUUGAAGAUGCCCUCCUCGCCGUAGAGCACAACGUCCCAGCUCUCUUCCUGUCCAACCACGGCGGUCGCCAAGUCGACGGAUCCCCAUCAGCCUUCGAAGUCGCAUUGGAGAUCUACCAAGAAGCACCACAAAUCUUCAACCAGACUGAAGUCUUCGCAGACGGUGGCGUCCGUUACGGCGCAGAUGUCGUUAAGCUGUUGGCUCUUGGUGUCAAAGCUGUGGGUAUUGGCAGGCCAUUCAUGUUUGCUAACAUCUACCCCAACGGCACUGGCGUAGAGAGAGCGAUUCAGAUCAUGAAGCGAGAGGUGGCGAUUGAUGCUGCGAAUGUCGGUAUUGCGGAUCUGAAGAACAUUAGCCCCAAUGUUUUGGACUGGAAGAGAUUCCCGACCUGGGCGCAGGGCUCGUAGGAACCAUGAUUGAUGAUGUCGGUGGAACUUCUUGAUAUCAGCGCCUACUUGUAGGCAGCGAGUUUGCUUCUUGUACAUAUUUGUGUGUGACGGAAUUGGUAUAUCGACAGAUACUUACGAAGCCAUGUCUUGAUGCCAAUGAUCCGACUCUGUA